AUGCAAAUCUUCGUUAAGACCCUCACUGGCAAGACAAUCACUCUCGAAGUCGAGAGUUCAGAUACCAUAGACAAUGUUAAGGCCAAGAUUCAAGACAAGGAAGGGAUCCCGCCCGAUCAACAGAGGCUCAUCUUUGCUGGCAAGCAACUGGAGGAUGGGCGUACCCUUGCUGAUUACAACAUACAGAAGGAAUCAACUCUCCAUUUGGUGCUCCGUCUCCGUGGUGGGAUGCAAAUUUUUGUCAAGACUCUCACUGGAAAGACCAUCACCCUUGAGGUAGAGAGCUCUGAUACUAUCGACAAUGUCAAAGCCAAGAUCCAGGACAAAGAGGGCAUUCCACCGGACCAGCAGAGGCUCAUCUUUGCUGGCAAACAGCUUGAAGAUGGCAGAACUUUAGCAGAUUACAACAUCCAGAAGGAAUCCACCCUUCAUUUAGUGCUCCGUCUCCGUGGUGGUAUGCAAAUCUUUGUCAAAACCCUUACAGGAAAGACCAUUACACUAGAGGUGGAGAGUUCAGACACCAUAGACAAUGUCAAGGCCAAGAUCCAGGACAAAGAGGGCAUUCCACCGGACCAACAGAGGCUCAUCUUUGCUGGCAAACAGCUUGAAGAUGGCAGAACUUUGGCCGAUUACAACAUCCAGAAAGAAUCCACCCUCCAUCUUGUGUUGCGACUUCGUGGUGGUAUGCAGAUUUUUGUGAAGACCCUUACAGGCAAGACAAUUACUUUGGAGGUAGAGAGCUCAGACACAAUUGACAAUGUGAAGUCCAAGAUACAGGACAAAGAGGGUAUCCCUCCAGACCAGCAGAGGUUGAUUUUUGCUGGAAAGCAACUUGAAGAUGGCCGAACUUUGGCUGAUUACAACAUUCAGAAGGAGUCCACCCUUCACCUUGUCCUCCGUCUGAGGGGAGGUAUGCAGAUCUUUGUCAAGACAUUGACCGGAAAGACCAUUACCUUAGAGGUGGAAAGUUCAGACACCAUUGACAAUGUGAAGGCAAAAAUACAGGACAAGGAAGGAAUCCCACCAGAUCAGCAGAGAUUGAUCUUUGCUGGGAAGCAACUGGAGGAUGGAAGGACCCUUGCUGACUACAACAUUCAGAAGGAGUCUACUCUUCACCUUGUAUUGCGCCUUCGUGGUGGAUUUUAG